GUCAGUUUUAAGAUGUAACCAUCAUCCUAUUGUACUAAUGCAUCACAUGCACUAGGUCAUCCCUGUCUUGUCUCCUUGCUUUUUAUGGCAUCCCUAUAUUCCACACUUUUUUUAAUUCAAAGGAUUUACUUGUCUCCUUCCCCUUUCUUACUGCAUGGUGUGCAAUAAAAAGUUGGGCAUAAGCCCAUAAAAAAGUAACAUUAGUGGCCUUAAGCUAUCGCCUCAGACGUUUUGUCAUUCACAUUACAUCAGUGCACAAAGUUUCAUUGUGAGAGGACCCAUCAUAAGCAAGUUAUAGGCACUGACACCAUUUAAAAGUCUUUUUUGCCUGAGGCUGUUUGUUUACAACCUUGUAAUUUCUGUUUCGAUGAACUCUUUAUCAUGGUGAAUCAGUGUACCAAGGGUCAUUGUUAGAGGACCAACCACAAGUAAUUUAUAGGCACAAACACCAUUUACAAGUUAUUAUUGCUUGGGACUGUUCGUUGUUGUUUACAAACUUGUAAGUUCUGUUUCGAUAUACCUCUCAUCAUGGUACAUCAAUGUACCAAGUUUCAUUGUUAGAGGACCAACCAUAAGCAAGUUAGAGGCACAAACACCAUUUUUAUUACCUCAGGCUGUUUGUUGUAACUGAAAGUGAAACAUGAAAAUCACAAAUGUAUGGAUGGACAACCCGUGUUUGAUAAAAUGGAAGGUGGUGGUCAUGUUUUCACAUUUGAAUGUUUCUAGCAAGAUAUCAGAAAAUUCCUGAACAUGGUUUGCAAACAAUAUAAGGUGUGGCAUAGCGGAUUUUGAUUGACUGCUGUCAAAAAAUAAACCCAAAGCGCCUCAUAUUCACCAAAAAUAACACACUGGAAAAUUUUGACUAAGUUUUGAGCCACAAAUUAAUAUGUUGUUGGUUACUUAGUGCAUAGUACACCAUAAGAGACGAUUAUGCCCUGUUGUGUAUAGUGGUGUCUUACACCAUACUUGUACCAGAACUUCUGUACAAAGGUCCUUGUCGUAUCAACCUUCCUGUAAGUGAUCUGUUCUCACAACAAUACGGCUUUAAUUAAACUCGGCAAGAAUGCCUAGCUUAGCCAUCGGUUUAUUUUCCACCUGUAACUGUGCUUGUGUGUAUUAUUGCAAGGGCAGAUUAUCUGCAUAGUACUUUCAAACUUCUGUCCGUCUCAGUGCUAAUUCUAAGCCAGAGAGGCAGAAAAAAUAAUUUUGCACUACAGCAUUUUCUCUGUGUGACAGAGUUGGCUUGCUCAAACUGUAGCUCACACCUGGCUUAGGAGACUAGGUAUGCAGCACUUCAAGCAAAGUUUGCCACUACUUCUCACCACAUUACUUUUCACCCUCCAGGGUUAACCUGGUUUUAUUGCAGAUAGUAUGAAGACAAAACAUUUCAGGUACUGUUGUUAAACAAACUUUUACUACUCGCUCAAAUACCCUGCAUUUGCCGAAGGUACACACCCUUUCACCCCACCUUCAGGGGCUCCUCACGCGUAGAUCACACUGAGGUUAGGUUGUCACGUUAUGAACGGUCAUCCUGCUACUAGUAGGUGAAAAAAUUUAAACCUACGCAAUUAUGCUGUAUUUCUUUUUUCACAGGAAAGGCUUCCUUUGCAAGUUGCUCACCAACGAGCUAUGGGUCAAACAGAUGCACAGAUAGUAUUGCAGUGUCAAACAAUGGAAUACUCAGUUUUGACUUAAGCAUGACUUUUUCGGUUGCUGGAGAGACAGGAUUGCUACAAAUGGUCGAUCGCAUAACGAUUCUCAAAGAGAAUGAAGUAGUGCUCAGUAUUUAUGAACCAGUUACAGACACUGCCAGUCGCCACUGGACUUUCAAAGGGAACACACCAACCUAUAGAAUUGCAGAGCUGCACAAUGUCGUAGCCAAUGAUAGAGGGGAAUACGUUAUUUCAGCUGAGCUGAUAGACCCUGCCACAGGAUACAUAGGCACUAUCACAAAAAACACUUUUGCUACAGCACAGGAAUGUAACUCUCCUCCUGAACUACUAAACGGAUAUGUUGCAAACAAUGGUGUGAUUGUAAGCUCUAUAGCUGAAUAUACCUGCAAAGUGGGGUACAAAAUUACUGGUAAUGAUAGUCUGAAAUGCAUUCAAAGAGGUCAUGAUACACUAUGGGAUGGUGAAAUUCCUUCUUGUAUACAAGAAACCGAAGUAAUGUUUCAGCUACAACUUGGACCAAUCACUGACUGUACUUGUUGGAGUGAUUCAAAGUGCGCAAAAUUUCUGGCAACAGUAAAACGUCAAAUAUCUGAAGGAAUUUCAAAUGACUGCAACUGUAGUUACACUCCUUCAAGGAUAAUGAAUACUCGCCUCUAUUGCUUUCAACAUCCAAACUAUGUCAGUGUCAGGGGCUUCAUCCAAGGAACUGAAAAUUAUACAGCACAACAAAUUCUAACAUACAUGGAGCAAUGGUACUUAAAGCAACCAACCGUCAUCCUGACGGAAAAUAGGGUGCUCAACAUCAAUAAAAACUGCCAUCUUCAUAUAUCUGAGUGGAAUGAGAGAGAGUGUAGUCCCAAUCCUAUGCCAGAGUCUUCGCAAUGCUACUGCAAUGGUACAAUCAAGGAUGUAGUUGGACCAUAAGAUCAUACAAAGGUGUAGCUAGGACUCAAUGUAUGUAGCUACACAGUUAACUCACCCUGUUAUUACCCUUGGCGCGCAUGCGCAGCGAGGGUA